AUUAAUCGAUUUGUAUUUCUUAUCGUCAGCCUAUUUAUUUGUUUAUUAUUUACAACUUACAAAUUGCAACUAAAAAGCCGCUAAAAUGGGUAAACGACAGCAUCAAAAGGAUAAAAUGUACUUAACGUACACAGAAUGGAGCGAGUUCUAUGGCGGCAAAAAAGUUGAAUCCUUGGAAAAUGAGCACAUUAAGUUUAAACGUUUGCCAUUUGGCAAUUGCUGCAUAACAAUGGCUCCAUUCGAGAUGCCCUACAGCGAUCUCAAUGGCAAUGUGUUCGAGUAUGAGGCCAUAUUGAAAUUUCUGAAAAAGUUCAAAGUGAAUCCCAUUACUGGUCAAAAGAUGGACUCCAAAUCGUUGAUUAAACUGCACUUCCACAAGAAUGCCAACGACGAGUAUCAUUGCCCAGCUCUAUUCAAGCCAUUCAGCAAGAACUCUCAUAUUGUGGCCGUGGGCACUACGGGCAACGUUUACUGCUGGGAGGCUAUCGAGCAGUUGAAUAUCAAGACCAAGAAUUGGAAGGAUUUGAUUGACGACACACCAUUCCUGCGCAAGGACAUCAUUACCAUACAAGAUCCACAACAUUUGGAAAAGUAUGAUAUAUCCAAGUUCUAUUAUAUACGCAAGAACCUGCGCAUUCUAACUGAGGAAGAGGAACUGGAACGCAAAGAUCCCUCGGGCCGCAUCAAGACCAUGAAUCUGGAGACGAAGGAGACGUUGGCACAGUUGAAGAAAGACUAUCAACCCGCCGAGGAAGCACCAUCCAGCUCUAGGCAAACAGCUGACAAGUUCAACGCUGCACAUUACUCAACUGGUGCAGUUGCUGCCAGCUUUACCUCCACUGCUAUGGUGCCUGUUUCUCAGAGUGAGGCUGCCAUCAUAGACGAUGAUUUAGUUAAAUAUGAACGGGUGAAUAAAAAGGGCUAUGUGCGCUUGAACACCAACUUUGGUCCGUUGAACCUUGAGCUCUAUUGCGAGCAAGCGCCUCGCGCCUGCGAUAAUUUCAUCAAACAUUGCGCUGACGGUUAUUAUAAUAACGUUUUAUUUCACCGCUCCAUAAGAAACUUUAUUAUACAAGGCGGGGAUCCUACGGGUACGGGAUCCGGCGGAAAAUCCAUUUGGGGCAAGCCAUUUGAGGAUGAAUUCAAACCAAAUCUGUCACACACUGGACGUGGAGUGCUCUCCAUGGCCAACGCCGGACCUGCUACCAAUGGGUCCCAAUUUUUUAUAACGUAUCGCUCGUGCAAGCAACUAGAUGGCAAACACACAAUCUUUGGCAAAUUGGUGGGAGGCCUUGAGACGCUGCAGAAGAUGGAAAACAUUGAAGUGGACAAUAAGGACCGUCCCAUUGAAGACAUCAUUAUAGAGAACACUCAGGUGUAUGUCAAUCCAUUCGAAGAGGCCGCAGGGCAAUUGGCCACCGAGCGUGCCAACGAAGCCAUCAGCAAAGAAGUAGCUGCCAAAAAGCUUGAACAACAUAAACGCUUAAACGAGCCGCUUAAAGUGUAUCGCGAAGGCGUAGGCAAGUACCUGAAACCGAGUGCUCCUAAAAGACCUGACGCACAAUCUUUAACGGCAGUAGUACCCGCAAAAAAGAAGAAAAACGCAAGCGGCUUUGGCGACUUCUCCAGUUGGUGAAGUUGUUUCUUAAUAAUAAAAUGUUUUCUUACUAUGUUAA